GGAAAUGUAUUGAGAAAAGAAAGUUUGGUGAUGCAGCAAUACUCCUGGAACAAUAUGCCAAGGAUUAUGAAGAAGCCAUCCUCGUCCUCUUGGAAGGGACCGCAUGGGAAGAAGCUUUGAGAUUAAUUUACAAAUACAAUAGAACUGACAUUGCGGAGACCAAUGUAAAGCCGUCUCUGCUGGAAGUACAAAGAAAUCAUUUGGCGUUCCUGGAAACUCAGAAAGAAGCAUUUUCUCGCCAUCAGAAGCGCCUCUCCGUGGUCCGGAAGCUGAAGGAGCAAGCCCGAAAUGAGCUGCAAGAUUUGGAAGACCCACACUGCCCUGAAUCGGACCUCUUUUCUGAUGCCAGCAGCAUUGUGACAGCCAGUGAAGCAAAUUCUAAGUAUUCUCACAGUAACUCGAGAAUAUCUGCGUAUGUAUCUUGCCCUGAGAGGAAACCAUGGUACCUUUUAACAAUCUGUCUUGCUUUUCUUGUUGCAUGUUUUGGAAUUAAAUCUGCCUUGACUGUCUCCUUCAGAUAUGAUGGCUAUGACAGAUUAUCUGUUAGGGAAUCUCCUGAAACAAGGACUCCCAAAUUGGAAGGCACUUUUGGAAUUAAGAAAACGAGUGAGGCUGCUGCCCUGGCAAAAUGGCUGCCACAGGAGUGGGACUUAUGACAAAAUGGCUGCCACAGGGAUGUGUUCAGUUGCAAAACCUGGGAAGGUUUCACAAAAAGUUAAAUGCACACUCCAAGGGAGUCUUUCAUAUCUAUGAACUUUAUGUA